AAGACCCAAUGUUAAUUAACAGAUGAUAUUGGUCACGCAAAGUCCCUUUUUUCUUUCUCGAGUGCGAUAAAAUUUCAUUUAACCGCCGAUAGUAUCGAAUUCUAACGAAAAUAAAUAUUCACCCCGCCAAAUUCCAAAGUUUCUUUUCGAAAUUCGAAUCGAACUCCCACACCGACCUCUGCAGAUACCAUCGCCACCACCGCCGCUGGAUGGAGAAUGGCCUGAUUUCGGUGGACCGGUGGUCGGAUGAUAGCCAGAUCUAUUUUCUGACUCACCUCCACUCCGACCACACCAAGGGCUUGUCUUCGCAAUGGUCUAAAGGCCUACUCUUCUGCUCUCGCCUCACCGCCAAACUAUUCCCCUUCAAAUUCCCCAAUUUCAACCUCUCUUUGCUCCGCGUCCUCGAAAUCGGCUUAUGGCACUCAAUCUCACUGACUUCACCUUCAUCUGGUUCUCGGAAAGUUAUCAAGGUCAUGGCCAUCGAUGCUCACCAUUGUCCUGGUGCUGUUAUGCUCUUGUUUCGUGGAGACUUUGGUUGCUUGCUUUACACAGGGGAUUUUCGGUGGGAAAUGAGUAGUGAAAGGGCCAAUAAAGGAAGGAUCACGCUUCUCAAUGCACUCGAGGAUGAUACUGUCGACAUUCUUUACUUGGAUAAUACCUAUUGUAAUCCUUCAUAUGCCUUUCCUUCUCGACAAAUUGCUGCACAACAGAUUGUAGAUAUCAUUGCCUCCCAUCCGGAACAUGAUAUCAUCAUUGGCAUUGAUUCUCUGGGGAAGGAAGAUCUUUUACUUCACAUUUCUCGCAUGCUUGAAUUGAAGGUUUGGGUGUGGCCAGAACGCUUGCAGACCAUGCAUCUUCUUGGUUUCAAUGACGGAUUCACUACUAAGACGAAUCUUACUAGAGUUCGAGCUGUUCCUCGCUACAGCUUCAGCAUAGAUACUCUUGAGGGAUUGAACCAGAUGCGUCCAACAAUCGGAAUCAUGCCAUCAGGUCUUCCUUGGGUCGUAAGGCCCCAUGAAGGAGAUGAUGUUCUUUCUGGUUCUCUUCUUACCACACGUUAUCGCAAAAGCAAGUUGAACGAAAAUGGUGGCUUCUUGAUCGAGAAGAAAAUUGGAAAAGUAGAAUCAGUAAACAAGUUGCACAAGUACAUAUUUUCAGUUCCAUAUUCGGACCAUGCUUGCUUCUCAGAGAUACAAGAGUUCAUAAAGCUUGUCCGUCCAACAAACAUUAGAGGCAUUGUUUCUUCAUCUUCUUGUUAUGUCGAACCGCUUUACUACUUCGGUCGCCUCUGUGGAGUAAAGCAACCUGUAAAGAAGUUUCAUCACAAGGAAAAAAGAACAGGGAAAGUUGAAAAAGAUGUUGAAAUUAACUUUGUUAACUCGGAGAAAAGACGAGUGAAAAGUACAAAUGUUGGCAUUCUGAAUGUGGGGGUUCGUUUGGGUCGAGUGAGUGCAUUGAGACGAGUCCAGCGUGGUGCGCGUCUUGCAGAAAGUGAUUGUCCUGGGUGAUUUAGAUGAAGAACUACUGGCUUUGAAUUGGUCAUAAAGGUAUGCUUCUCAUACUUUCUUGCCUAGCUUGAGUUGAAUUUCGAAAAUUUUCUGUGAAGUUCCACUACCAAUUUUAUUGUUAUUGUCAAAUGAGCAAGAAAUGGGAAACUGAUCUUAUACUUUGAACUACUGAUGAUAAGAUUCUAUUAUAUAUUAAUUUUACCAACAGUAUAAAAUUUCAAAAACAAAAAAACCA